UGUUGGCAACAUCCAUCCCUUCCUUCUUUUGCGCCGCUCCUCUAGGCAGAACUGCGAGUGAACGUGAUCGAUCGAAUUUUAAAAAAGGCACACACCUACCCCUGUGCUCCCGAGAUCACGAAAUUACUUUAUAUCUCCUGAUAACAAAAAUCGGGAGUUGGUAUUUCGUGAUUUUAUCAUUUCGCGUGUGAAACUCUCAGAUUCCCACCGCACGCCUGCGAGGCAUAUAGUCCAGUGAAAAAGGGUCCAACUAAUUGGAACAAAAUGUCGAAGAACCUCGCAGAUCCCGUCGCGUUCGCGAAGGACUUCCUCGCCGGCGGCAUCUCCGCCGCCGUCUCCAAAACGGCCGUGGCGCCCAUCGAGCGAGUAAAGCUGCUGCUGCAGGUGCAGCACGUCAGCAAGCAGAUCGCCGUGGACCAGCGCUACAAAGGUAUCGUGGACGCCUUCGUGCGCAUUCCCAAGGAGCAGGGCCUGCUCUCGUUCUGGCGCGGCAACUUCGCCAACGUCAUCAGGUACUUCCCCACGCAGGCGCUCAACUUCGCCUUCAAGGACAAGUACAAGCAAGUGUUCCUCGGAGGUGUCGACAAGCACACGCAGUUCUGGCGCUACUUCGCGGGCAACUUGGCGUCGGGCGGAGCCGCCGGUGCCACCUCCCUAUGCUUCGUGUACCCGCUCGACUUCGCCCGAACGCGGCUCGCCGCCGACGUGGGCAGGGGCGACGGCCAGCGCGAGUUCAAGGGCCUCGGAAACUGCAUCUCCAAGAUCUUCAAGUCCGACGGCCUCACCGGUCUGUACAGGGGUUUCGGUGUGUCGGUGCAGGGCAUCAUCAUCUACCGCGCGGCCUACUUCGGCUUCUACGACACGGCGCGCGGCAUGAUGCCCGACCCCAAGAACACGCCCAUCGUCAUCAGCUGGGCCAUCGCGCAGUCCGUCACCACCGUGGCGGGCAUCAUCUCCUACCCCUUCGACACGGUGCGUCGGCGCAUGAUGAUGCAGUCCGGCCGCGCCAAGGGCGACAUGCUGUACAAGGGCACGCUGCACUGCUGGGCCACCAUCGCCAAGACCGAGGGCGCGUCCGCCUUCUUCAAGGGCGCCUUCUCCAACGUGCUCAGAGGAACCGGCGGCGCCUUCGUGCUCGUCCUAUACGAUGAGAUCAAGAAGCUCAUCUAAAUCAUUUAAUGUAAUGAUUGUUACCAUAAUUUCAAUUGUGAUUCUAAAUCACGCCUAGCCACUCCCCUGUGAAAUCAUGUAUUAAGUAUUUAGGAUCUACACAAAAAAAAGAAACCUAGUAACUUAUUUUUAGUUAAAUAAAAUGAUUCCAUAUAUUUUUCGUUUCAUUAAAGUAAGUCACAAGUGUUACAUAAUUUAACAAUGCAUUGUAGCGCUCAGGGUUAAUCUUUAUCAUUAAGUACUAAUAACAUCUGUUCUAAAUUUGAAAUCAGUGAUCUUGAAAUAGAGAAUUUUCUGAUCAUAUUUCUCUGUAGUGACAGUUAUGUAAUGACCUCAUUUGUGUUUGGCGUUUGAGGCCAAGGCUAGGUGACAGACUUCAUUCUAACCUCUACUCAUGUAUGAUACACUAAAUUAGUGUUAUUAUUAUCCUGGUAGUACAGUAACCAACUUAACAUAAAAGGGAGUGAUAUAAAAAUGUGUAGUGAGUUAUGUAAUGCUUGAAUUCAAUUUGCUGUGGACUGUCUUCAAUCAUGUGAUGUUGGCAGCUGUUAUGUAAUGCCAGGACGCAGUGCGAGUGUGCUUGUAGAAAAAACUGUUCCACUUAUAGUGAACCAUUGUUUUGUGCUCUUAUUUUGUGAUUUUUGACUUAAAAUGAACGUCAUUAGUCUGUUUUAUAGCUGUCUUAUUUUAAAAUUCUGCUAAUAAUUAGUGUAUAACGUUGCUUCAAGUCAAAAAUUACAGAAUAUGUGUAUAAUCCAUGUAACUUAGUAGGUAACAUAUUUGGGUGCGUGCGAGGUGUGUGGCGAGUAAACUAAGUGAAUUGUUCCCUCGGGUGUGAGUUUUUUGUAAGGAAAACUUCAUGCAAUACGAGAGAUUAAAAUAUUAAAACGUU